AGGAAACUUUUCCACAGUUUAUUUUCAUUUUCGCUCCAGAAAGGCUUGGAUGGCAUUGCUCAUUGGAAGAAGAUGUGGAGGACUGCCUCACAACAGUUUUUCACGGUUAUUGAGCUCAAACAGGCUUCCAAAAGAUACAAGAAAGAGGGAUCAAAUUUCACUUCGAAGCCAAAAACAGGAAGGAAAUGAUGGCAGAGGUGAAAAAGGAGGAGGUAAAAAGGAAUCCCAGUGGUGGACACGUUUUAAGAAAGAUUUUCCCUUAGAUGAAAGGACUGUGCAGAACAUUGCACUAGGUGCAGCAGGUAUGACCACAGCGUUUCUAUACUUCCACUUCAGGGAGACCGGAGUCCAGAUCUCCUGGAUGGAUUUUGUGCAUCGGUUCUUGAGCAAAGGCUUGGUUGGGCGCGUAGAGGUAGUCAAUAAACAGUAUGUCAAAGUGUUUCCUGCUGAUGGAGUGAACUCAUCAGAAGUGAAUUAUUUGUGGUUCAACAUUGGUAGUGUGGCUUCAUUUGAACAUAAGCUGGACAUGGUUCAGGAGGAAAUGGGUCUGGACUCCACACAAAAAAUACCUGUACUCUACACCAGUGAAAGUGACGGGUCAAUGGUUUUAAGUGUCCUCCCAACUUUAUUCCUGGUUGGCUUCUUACUUUUUGCAACCCGACAAGGGCCCAUGGCAGGAGCACAUGGCAGCAGUUUAAAAGGAAAUCCAUUUGGGAUGAAUGCAUCAAAAGUUAAGAUAGUUAAAGAAACUGGAACUGUUCGCUUUAAGGAUGUAGCAGGCUGUGAAGAGGCCAAACUAGAGAUCUUGGAGUUAGUAAACUUUCUUAAGAACCCAGAUCAGUACCAUGACUUGGGAGCUAAGAUCCCAAAGGGUGCACUGUUAUCAGGAGCCCCUGGAACUGGAAAAACGUUGCUAGCAAAAGCCACUGCAGGGGAGGCCAAUGUCCCCUUCAUCACAGUCAAUGGCUCCGAAUUUCAAGAAGUUUUUGUAGGGAUGGGCCCUGCAAGAAUAAGAGAUGUGUUUGCCACGGCUCGCAAAAUGGCACCCUGCAUAGUUUUUAUUGAUGAGAUUGAUGCAGUUGGCAGGAAGAGAGGCAGAGAGGGCUUUGGCUGGCAGAACGAGCAGGAAAACACUCUGAACCAACUGCUUGUGGAAAUGGAUGGAUUCAACAGCAACACUAACAUCGUGGUGUUAGGCGGCACCAAUCGAGCUGAUAUCCUGGAUCCGGCUCUUAUGAGACCGGGGCGCUUUGAUCGACAUAUUCAUUUGGGCCUGCCAGAUAUUAAAGGCAGAGCAUCCAUUUUCAAAGUGCAUCUGAGACCUUUGAAGUUGGGGCCUGGUUUAAAUUUAGAAGAUUUGUCUAGGAAGCUGGCUUUACAGACCACAGGUCUCAAUGGGGCUGAAAUCGCCAAUGUUUGUAAUGAAGCUGCACUGAGAGCUGCUCGCCACCUCAGCCAGGACAUCAGUGCUCAACACUUUGAACAGGCUGUUGAGAGAGUCAUUGGAGGUUUGGAGAAAAACGCUCAGCCGAUUCAGCUUCUAGAAAAGACAACUGUGGCGUAUCACAAGGCAGGUCAUGCCGUAGCAGGAUGGUUCUUUGAGCAUGCAGAACCACUGUUUAAGGUAUCCAUUACCCCUCAUGGCAGAGGUCUGGGUUAUGCACAGUAUCGAGGUAAAGAGGUGCACCUGCUGAGCCAGGAUCAGCUGUUUGACAGGAUGUGCAUGAUGUUAGGAGGUCGAGUGGCUGAGCAGGUCUUUUUCAAACAAAUCUCUACUGGAGCCCAGGAGGACCUCAGGAAGGUCACACAGACAGCGUAUGAGCAAGUUGUACAGUUUGGAAUGAACAAGGCUGUUGGCCUGGUUUCAUUUGACCUCCACCUUCAGCCAAAUGCUUUCCAAGAGAAGCCCUACAGUGAAUCUGCAGCGCAACUCAUAGAUCAGGAGGUCCGAACACUGGUGGAUGUCGCCUUCAAGCGAACAUUUCAGCUUGUUGUAGACAAGAAGGAGAUGGUUGAAAAGGUGGCAAAGCGUCUUCUUGAAAAGGAGAUGCUGAACAUAGUCGACAUGGUUGAGCUUCUAGGACCUCGACCCUUUCAGGAGAAGAGCUCAUAUGAGGAGUUUGGUGAAGAGCUGGACUUUGAAGAGGAAAAUUUACUACCUGAAGGACCAAAGGAGAGGCAGAGAAGUGAAGAGAACAAUAAAGAAAGCAAAUCAGCUCUUUACCUGUAGAUAAGGAUGUGCAGAUUGUUUUGUGCUUCAUUCACAAAUGAACAGUAUCCUGCAAAAAUAUUUGUAUCCAUAUUUCAACCUCAAGCUUUGUUUUUUAGAUUACUCAUGUAGUCCAGACAAAAUAUGAGCUAAAUAUGAGGUGGAAGAAGAGGGAUCCACAUGCAUUUUGUACAAAUCAUAUGUAAAAAUAGGUUGGUGAUCAUAUGCAUUCAGCAAAGUCCAAACUUUGUAUAACUACCCAUAGCACACCUAGAGACAGGUAUAUUUGCCCUGUGUGCAGGAUAUCUCAAGCUCAGCCAAGAACACACAUAUACUGUAGAUGGCUAAAUUGAAAUUGGUUUGACUUUGACCAGGCCAUUCCCACACAUGAAUCUUCCUAGAUCUAAACUUUUCCAUUUUAAUUCUAGUUCCUGGAUCCUCCACCCAAACUUCCAGCCUUUGCAUCCUCCAACAGUUUUCUUUCCAGGAAUGCUCUGCGUUCAGCUUUUAUUUUGGUUGAUUUUUUGCUGGAAAUUUGUCCUUGAAAUACCAAAUUUUAAAAUAUUUCUUUCAAUUAGUUGUUCCAUUAUGUUUAUAAAACUCCAGAAUGUACGUUUUCUGCAUGUUUUAAAUCAAUAACUGUUUUAGAUUAUGUUUUUUUAAUUCAUGCAUGGAGAUUAUUUCUUAUUAACUAACUUAAUGUUUCUCAGUGACAUUAAUCCAAUAUUAAUAUUUCUGUCAAGGUGCAGAAUUGAUAUGUUAAAAAAAGUGUUUCAAUUUGUUAUUACAUCAGUCAAAAUGACACUUUUUUGUAAUAUUUCUAAAUCUGAUGACAUGUACAAAGGGUAGGACAAACAUACUGAUUUGUUUUGUAUGAGGCUACUGAGGCUAGCACACCUUUUUAUGUCUCUGUGGAGCAGUAUUGAUAAUUGCAGGGUUAGUUUUUAAUAUUCCUAAAAAGUUUGAAUGCAUUAUUGCAAAUAUCCUUAUGAUCUAAACAAUUUUAAUUCACUUUGUGAGUGAAUCUGUUGCAGAAACCUUAUAAACUUUAAAUCGUCUGAGCAUCAUUACUGAGUUAAUAAAUGUAACUUCAACAAGUAUAGCAUACAGAAUAAAAAACAGACAAGAAAACAUACAAGGAGCCAUACUUUAUUGAAUCUUCAACCAUCCU